CAAACAAACUAUUUUCUUGAUCACCCAAAACCAAACCUAAAUAUUUUGUUCAAAAAAAAAAAAAAAAAGAAAGAAUGAAAAAAGAAAAAAACCUAAAUAUAUUAAUAAUGUCAAAUAUUCAAGUCUUAGCUUCAUCUCAAUUAAGUGACAAAAUUAUUGCUCGUCCAACAACAAAUUUUCACCCUUCUAUUUGGGGCGAUCGAUUCCUCCAUUACAAUGUUUCAGAACAAGACUUGGUUUGCAAACAAGAAAGAAUUGAAGAAUUAAUACAAGUUGUAAAGAAAGAGAUAUUAUCUUCAAAUCAUGAUCAAUUGAAGUUGAUUGACAAUCUCCAACGUUUGGGAUUAUCACAUCAUUUUGAAAGUAAAAUCGAGAAAUUAUUGGAACAAUUAAGUAUCGGCACUCAUCAUCAAAAUCAUCAUGAUCUACAUGAUGCUUCUCUUUGCUUUAGAUUAUUAAGACAACAUGGAUUUAAUGUUUCAUCAAGUAUAUUUGAAAAAUUCAAAGACGAGAAAGGUAACUUUAAAGGAAGCCUAAUAACUGAUGUUCCAGGUUUGCUUAGCUUGUAUGAGGCUUCGCACUUGAGUUAUGUUGGAGAAAGCAUACUAGAUGAAGCACUUGCUUUCACAACCACUCACCUUAAGGCUAUUGUGGCAAAUAGUAAAGAUCAUCCAUUAUCACAUCAAAUAUCCAUAGCCUUGCAUAGGCCUCUAAGAAAGACCAUAGAGAGGCUUCAUGCUAGGUUUUACAUCUCAAUCUAUGAAAAGGAUGCCUCUCAUAACAAAGUAUUGCUAGAGCUUGCAAAGUUAGAUUUCAAUCUACUUCAAUGUUUCCACAAAAAGGAACUUAGUGAAAUUAUGAGGUGGUGGAAAGAGCAUGAGUUUGCAAAGAAAUUUCCUUUUGCAAGAGAUAGGAUGGUGGAACAGUAUUUUUGGAUAUUGGGUGUAUAUUAUGAACCCAAAUACUCUCGAGCAAGAAAACUUCUAACCAAAGUCAUUGCAUUAGCCUCAAUCACUGAUGAUAUUUAUGAUGCAUAUGGUACUAUUGAUGAGCUUGAGCUUCUUACAAAAGCAAUGCAAAGGUGGGACAUAACUUGUAUGGAUAAACUUGAGCCAGAAUAUUUAAAGACAUAUUAUAAGGCAAUGUUGGAUUCUUAUGAAGAAUUUGAAAAGGAGCUUAAAAAGGAAGAAUUAUACAAACUUGAGUAUGCAAAAGAAGAGAUGAAAAGAAUUAUUGGAGCUUAUUUUGAAGAAGCUCGAUGGUUGAGUGAAGGAUAUUUGCCAAGGUUGGAUGAGCAUUUGAGAGUUUCAUAUGUUUCUUGUGGUUACGUUUUGUUGAUAGCCACAAGUUAUGUAGGAAUGCAUGAUAUUGUAACACAUGAAACUCUAAAUUGGCUCUCCAAAGACCCUAAAAUUGUUUCAGCUUCCACUCUCCUUGCUAGGUUCAUGGAUGAUAUUGGUUCUCGCAAGUUUGAGCAAAAGAGAAAUCACAUACCAUCUACAGUGGAUUGUUACAUGAAACAAUAUGGGGUAUCAGAGGAAGAGGCAAUUAAAGAACUUAAUAAAAGAGUGGACACCCACUGGAAAGAAAUUAAUGAAGACUUUAUUAGGCCAACUGUUGUGCCUUUUCCUAUCUUAGUUCGUGUUCUUAAUUUUACAAAAACAGUAGAUCUUCUUUACAAAGAGGGCGAUGAUCAAUACACAAAUGUUGGAAAAGUGCUCAAAGAAAGCAUUGCUGCUUUGCUUAUAGAUUCAAUCCCAUUAUAAAUUAAAAACCAUUAUAUAAUACUUAACUAAAUUACUUAAUCUGUCCAUUAUAUUGUGACAACUGAAUACUAUUAUGUUUUUUAAUGAAUCAGUACUUUUAUGGUUUAAUAAACUUGUAUCUUCUCUUUACUAUUGAUAAAAUUAGUUAAUUAUUACAA